GACGGGGCUGGGCGGCCAGCGGCCGCCGCGGUCGUCUGACCUGCGUGCCCCCUGGCCGCGCCGGGCUGCCCCGAAGGAUGUCCGCCCAGUCCAAGGGGACCAUAUCCUCCUCCUCGUCGCCAUCCGAGGGGCCGCCAGCAGCCUCUAAAGCCAAGGUGAAGGAGCAGAUAAAGAUCAUCGUGGAGGAUUUGGAAUUAGUCCUGGGCGACCUGAAAGACGUGGCGAAGGAACUUAAGGAGGUGGUUGACCAGAUUGACACUCUGACAUCUGACCUACAGCUGGAGGAUGAAAUGACAGACAGUUCCAAAACGGAUACACUCAACAGCAGCUCCAGCAGCACAACAGCUUCUAGCUUGGAAAAAGUCAAGGUGAGGGGCAGUGCACCGCUCAUCAAGCCACCCACGCACCCUUCUGCUAUCCUCACUGUGCUGCGGAAGCCAAACCCACCCCCACCUCCACCAAGACUGACUCCUGUCAAAUGUGAUGAGCCUCUGAGGCUUCCUCCUUCAGCCAACCCUGUCAAGACUAAUGGCACCCUGCUGCGAAACGGGGGCUUGCCAGUCGGGGCCAAUCGCAUCCCAAAUGGAGAUAUUUGCUGUAUACCUAGCAGUAAUUUGGAGAAAGUGGCAAUGCAACCUCUAGCACACAGAGCUGAGAAAGAGCGGUGUCCUCAGUCAGGAGCAAGGGAACGCGUACGGUUCAGUGAAAAAGUGCAGUACCAUGGCUACUGCCCUGACUGCGAUGUUCGGUAUAACAUCAAAAACAGGGAGGUGCACUUGCACAGCGAGCCUGCCCAUGUCAUGGGAAAGCUGCCCCACCAGUGCCCUCCUCUGCCACCUCCACCACCUCCACUCCCUCCAUUUCCUCUGGAAAAUGGAGGUUUGGGCAUAAGUCCCAGUAAUAGCUUUCCUCCUCCAAGACCUGCGACUGUGCCUCCACAAACCGCACCAAAACCCCAGAAGACCAUCUUGAGGAAGUCAACCACUACAACAGUGUGAUGUAUGCCACUCAAAGCAACUCUUUGGGUUUCUUCCUAUACAUAAACAUAAAUAGGUAAUGAGCACUUUCUACUUGAGCAAUAAAAAGGUCCAUUGUAUUACUCCCUGUGUCCAGUGAAGUGGCAUAAAAAUCACAUGCACCUUCAGGCUUGAAGAAAUAUCUAUAUCUGGAGGCAUGUCAGUUAAUUUCUUGCAUAUCAGAUUCGUCAUUGUGACUUCUUGCAGGCCAGAUCUGAGAAGUAACCAGGAACCCAACCCUCCAUGAAGAAUGGAAAAGCCCCUCAAGUCUGAGCACAAAUGAUCACGAGUGUAAUCUGUAUUGAAUCAUCCUUCUCAGAUCUGAUAGCUACAAGCUGAGUCCUAGCAAAAGCCACAGCCUUAAAUUCCCUUUAGUGGGGAAGAAGAAUAAAGAGGACAAAAUGUCUUCCCCCGUUGCAGGAACUGCUCUCUCCAAACCUGACACUGGACUUCUGUGCUGAGCAACCAGUAUAACAAACAACGUAGUUUCUGCGAGUCCAGUCAGUGUCCAAAAAUAUUUCAAUAUGUAGCCAAAAGGAGAAUUGAAGCAUUUAGGUGAUAACAGAAAAUUAAUACAUUUUCUGUAACAGAAGAAUGUUACUUUCUGUGCGGAAAGAAGACCUCUGUCAUCCCUUGUACAUAUUCAAAGCCAUACAGGAACGGGGCAUCAGUGAUGUUAAAUUGCUUAGAAAGACGCUGUCUCCUGUCCUCCACUCGACUUUGAAGAAGUUCAGCUGUUAAAGAUUGCAUCUCAAUGCACUUCUAGUAUUUGCACUGUCACUUCCAUUCAGGGUAAUGAUGUGCGCCACCAUUUGCACAGAUGGCCCCAGGAGAUUUUUGACCACAACAAGCUAUAUUUUGCCGGGGCUUCAAGAGGAAUUAAAAAGUUAGAAUUGAAGAGAAACAUUUACACUCUCUUUCACUAUGGGGAUCUCUUCACAGAAAGGACUAUGGUCCUUUCUUAGGUUUAAAUAAAUAAAUACAUAUACAUACAUAUAUAGAUAUAUGUAUAUAUAUGGAAAAGCAUAAGAAAAUGAUAGAGUGUAUUUGAAAAGGGGAUAUAAUCUUUUCUAAUAUUAUCCAUUUUUUUAUCAUAUUAGCAGCCAAGAAAUUUAGCCUAUUGAAUUAUACAUCCAAACUGUUCCUAUUGAACACUGACAUUGUAGUCCCAGUUACUGUUAAAAGAGUCAUUUGUAAUAAGUAUUUGACAUAAAAUUUUUCUAGCCAUUUGUCUAUACUUCAUGGAGAAAUCUAAUAGAUAAGCAGCAUUUUCAGUUUAUUUUUCUAAAUAAAUGUGUGGUUGAUAUUAUUUGCAAUCACUAAUUUUGGCUGGUUUUCGUUAUCUCCAAAAUAGAUUUAACUACAGAACCAAAAAGCAGGAUUUGUUUGUUUGUGUUAAGCUAUAAUGAUUUGCUGACUGAAAGCUUUAAUAUAAAUACUGUAAUUUGUACACUGAUGAAGUAUAUUUAUACAGGCAAAUAUGUAUGGAAAACAAAUGGAGGUAUUUUAACUCU